AUGUCGGACGUUACCACCGCUAUCACAACAGCCUGUGCCUAUAAGGCUCGGGAAGGGGAGAGUAUAGCAAGUACAUCCGGAUCCGACAUACGACCUGACGUUGAACCCCGAAGACGGCGACACUCCUUCUUCAUUCCCAGGAGACGAUCCAUUGUUGGCCAUAUCAUGGAUGGCGAAGAGGGUCUUCUUCUCAAAGUCGACCUUUUCCUCUCGGAACUCGAACGUCGGCUCGACUUCAUUGAGAACUAUGUUGACUUGAGCAAGGACUCCAGCAUCUCUCGUACCUUCUCUACGCUUCAGGCUGUUCGUUCGAGAUGUUCCCACGCUUCAGAGGAAGUUCUUGGUGCAGGACGACGCCGUUUACAUAUUAUGGUCGAUACUCUAGAGGCAAGAUACAAGGAGACCUUAGAGGCCGCCGAGUCGCUGAAUGAAAAGGCUCACGUUGGAGUCGAUUUGCUCGAAAAUAUGCUAUCUGAUUUUGAAACUAGAGCCUACAAAUUGCGUGAGCAGGGCUUCGCAAACGCCGCCAACGCUGCCGAGGCUUUCAUGGACGAGGGGCGCCGAGUUGCCAACGAAGGAAUCGAGCGUGCCAUCCAAGCCGCCCUUUCACUGGAGGAGCACAUUCAACAAGCUAUCGUUCUGGCCAAGGAAGGGCGCCUCCUCUCCUACGAUGACCUCCCCUCGCCUUGGCGAAACAACCCUCACAUCCACAAGGGUUACCGUUUCACUGAAUCCAAACUCGAAUGCGUACGCUCAGCCUUCAAUCUUUCCAAUGAGCUAGUCAACAUCUGGUCCCAUGCACUGGGUCUCAUUUUGGUCCUCGCGAUCGCGCUCUAUUUCUACCCAAAUACUGCCAACUUUACACUCAGCACGAAGUCCGAUGUAUUUGUCGCGGGCGUCUUUUUUGUUAUGGCUUGCCUCACUUUGGUUUGCUCAACGGUUUGGCACACCAUGAAUGCUGUUGCAGAUGUCGAUGCCAUUUCAAUAUUUGCCUGCGUGGACUAUACUGGGAUUUCUCUGUUGAUCGCUGCCUCAAUCAUGACGACUGAAUAUACAGCCUUCUACUGCGACCCUGUCAGCCGAUACAUCUACAUGGGUUUAACAGCUUUUCUCGGAAUUGGCGGCGUCAUUCUUCCGUGGCAUCCUCGCUUUAAUGGUGCUGACAUGGCAUGGGCGCGAGUCGCUUUUUUUGUUGGCCUUGCCUUGACCGGGUUUAUGCCUAUGGUUCAGCUUGGCUGGACUCACGGACUCGACUUUGUGUACAACUUCUACUCGCCAAUCUCCAAGUCGAUGCUCGUGUACUUUACGGGUGCCGUUGUCUACGCCAGUAAGAUACCCGAAAGGUGGUUUCCUGGUUGCUUUGACUAUGUUGGUGGAAGCCAUAACCUCUGGCAUGCCGCAGUUCUCGGAGGUAUCCUCUUCCACUACUCGGCCAUGCAGACCUUCUUUGCCAACGCCUUCCACCGAGCGGAAGCUGGCUGCCCUUCAUAUUAG